AUGACGUGUGAACUCACGGAAGUGGCUUUGGGGCAUCGACUUGUACUUAUGUACGAACAGAUAGAUCUUGACUCCAGAGACAAGGUAAAUAUACCUGUUUCGCUUGAGAAUAAGAUGGAUCUGUUGGAAUCUGUGUUUCUGUUCUGGAAGAACAGUUACGCUGAACUGAUCACAUCAUCCGCAAAGUUCCUGGCUUGCACCCUAGACAACAUGUAUGACGGACAUAGUUUGUCGCAUACUGUUCUCGAAGGAGAUGACAACCAGAGGGUAAAUGUUCUUUCUGAACUGUGCUCAAAGCAUGGGUUCUCUCUCUGUCUCGCAAAACUUGCGCUGCGGGUCAUAAGGGAAAGCCACGAGGGUCCGGCUGAAGAGUUCCUCGAACUUCAGGACCUCGUAAAGCUAGAUGGCACCAUAGUGCUUGACAUGGUCCCUUGGAGUGCAUCUCAAGUUGUGCAGACCAAUCUGAGUGAUGUUUUCAACACUGAAAACACCUCGAGCUACAUCAGCAACGGGGAGGGUUGCGCUACAUCAGGUGUAUCGCCGAUUUGCUGUGGUCCUCAUGCCAGUGGAAUCCUGCGUUGA